AUGGAGGAACUCACGCCCGAGCUUGUGGGACUGGUGCUCAGCCAAGUUGACCUGGUCAGUCGCGUGGCCUGCCGCUUCGUGUGCACCACCUGGAUGCGCGCCAGCCCUCCCCUGCCCCCCCGAUCAGUGAUAAAGCAGACAUGUGCUCAUGCGGCGGAGCAAGGCCAUCUUGCGGUGCUCCAGUGGGCGCGCACCAACGGCUGUCCCUGGGACGAGUGGACUUGUGCGAAUGCGUCUAAGGAAGGCCAUCUCGAGGUGCUCCAGUGGGCGCGCACCAACGGCUGUCCCUGGUCCGAGUGGACAUGCUAUUUGGCGGCCCAGGGCGGCCAUCUCGAGGUGCUCCAGUGGGCGCACGCCAAUGGCUGUCCUGCAUGGGACCAGUCGACGUGCAGGGUGGCGGCCAUGGGAGGCCAUCUCGAGGUGCUCCAGUGGGCUCGCGCCAACGGCUGCCCAUGGGACAAGCAUAUCUGUGCGUUGGCGGCCUCGCGAGGCCAUCUUGAGGUGCUCCAGUGGGCGCAGGCCAACGGCUGUCCCUGGGACGAGAAGACCUGUGCGUUGAGCAACGCGGCCGAGGAUCUUGAUGUGUUCUUGUGA